AGAGCUGCCUGCUCAGACAACAGACACGCGAGGUCAGGAAGAAGCCGCUUAUAAAUUACCGCUUCCUCCGCGCCGCCGCCAGCGCCGAGCUCCGGGUCCUGGCUGCAGCACCGCUCGCUGGCCGGCGCCGAGUCCCAAGGACCGCGAGCUCAGAGGCCGAGCCCAGCCUAGAGGGAGCGCCGAGCGCGGACCCCGCGGGCCAGAGAUCGAGCCGGCUGGCAGUCCUCGGUGAGCGGAACCGAGCGCAGCCGAGUGCAGCGCCGCGGCCGCCCCAGGUCCAGAGCAACAGCGCUUUGUGAGGAGCCUCCAAAACAAAGCGAGGAGGACAUGGCCACCAAGGAGAAGCUGCAGUGUCUCAAAGACUUCCACAAGGAUAUCCUGAAGCCAUCCCCAGGGAAGAGCCCAGGCACACGGCCUGAGGAUGAGGCUGAGGGGAAGCCCCCGCAGAGGGAGAAGUGGGCCAGCAAGAUUGACUUUGUGCUCUCCGUGGCUGGCGGCUUCGUCGGCUUGGGCAACGUCUGGCGGUUCCCGUACCUCUGCUACAAAAAUGGUGGAGGUGCAUUUCUCAUACCGUAUUUCAUUUUCCUGUUUGGGGGCGGCCUGCCUGUGUUUUUCCUGGAGGUAAUCAUAGGCCAGUACACCUCUGAAGGGGGCAUCACCUGCUGGGAAAAGAUCUGCCCCUUGUUUGCUGGUAUCGGCUAUGCCUCCAUUGUGAUUGUGUCCCUGCUGAACAUAUACUACAUCAUCAUCCUGGCCUGGGCCACGUACUACCUGUUUCAGUCCUUCCAGUCGGAGCUGCCCUGGGCGAACUGCAACCACAGCUGGAACACGCCCCAGUGCCUGGAAGACACGUUGCGCAGCAACAAGAGCCUGUGGAUGUCCCUCAGCACCACCAACUUCACCUCCCCCGUCACCGAGUUCUGGGAGCGUAAUGUGCUGAGCUUGUCUUCUGGAAUUGACGAACUGGGAGCUCUGAAGUGGGACCUUGCUCUCUGCCUUCUCCUCGUCUGGCUGGUCUGUUUCUUCUGCAUCUGGAAGGGCGUCAAGUCCACGGGCAAAGUCGUCUACUUCACUGCCACUUUCCCGUUCGCCAUGCUCUUGGUGCUGCUGGUCCGGGGACUGACGCUGCCCGGUGCAGGCGCAGGCAUCAAGUUCUAUCUGUACCCCGACAUCAGCCGCCUGGAGGACCCACAGGUAUGGAUCGAUGCUGGGACCCAAAUAUUCUUCUCCUACGCUAUCUGCUUGGGGGCCAUGACCUCGCUGGGGAGCUACAACAAGUACAAGUACAACUCGUACAGGGACUGUAUGCUGCUGGGAUGCCUGAACAGUGGUACCAGUUUUGUGUCUGGCUUCGCAAUUUUUUCCAUCCUGGGCUUCAUGGCACAAGAGCAAGGGGUGGACAUUGCUGAUGUGGCUGAGUCAGGUCCCGGCCUGGCCUUCAUCGCGUACCCGAAAGCUGUGACGAUGAUGCCGCUGCCCACGUUUUGGUCCAUCCUCUUCUUUAUUAUGCUUCUCUUGCUUGGACUGGACAGCCAGUUUGUGGAAGUGGAAGGACAGAUCACGUCCUUGGUUGAUCUUCACCCAUCCUUCCUAAGGAAGGGUUUCCGCCGGGAAAUCUUCAUCGCCUCCAUAUGUUGUGUCAGCUACCUGCUGGGGCUGACCAUGGUGACGGAGGGUGGCAUGUAUGUGUUUCAGCUCUUUGACUACUAUGCAGCUAGCGGUGUAUGCCUUUUGUGGGUUGCAUUCUUUGAAUGUUUUGCUAUUGCCUGGAUAUAUGGCAGUGAUAACUUUUAUGACGGUAUUGAGGACAUGAUCGGCUAUCGGCCUGGGCCCUGGAUGAAGUACAGCUGGGCCGUGGUCACUCCGCUUCUCUGUCUUGGAUGUUUUAUCUUCUCUCUCGUCAAGUACGUACCCCUGACCUACAACAAAGUCUACGUGUACCCCACCUGGGCCAUCGGGCUGGGCUGGAGCCUGGCCCUGUCCUCCAUUGUGUGUGUCCCCUUGGUCAUGGUCAUUCGCCUCUGCCAGACGGAAGGGCCAUUCCUCGUGAGACUCAAGUACCUGCUGACCCCGAGGGAACCCAACCGUUGGGCCGUGGAGCGAGAGGGGGCGACGCCCUACAGCUCCCGCAUGUCCGUUAACAACGCGCUCAGGAAACCAACCCACAUCAUAGUGGAGACCAUGAUGUGAGCUCUCUCCCGGCGGACGGGCUGCUUUCCUGCUGUUUACUAACAUUAGAUUCUUAUAGGACCAGGUUUACAGAGCUUUAUAUUUGCACUAGGAUUUUUUUUUAAUUGUCACAGAAAAUGUUUGUGUGUGUGCGUGUGCGUGUGUGUGUGUGUGUGUGGUGUCAUGUGUAUGUGUAUUUUGUUUUGAUUUGGGGAUAUUUUGUACAAAAAGAAUACCCACGGGCAGCUGUCCGGGGUGAGGCAGAGCUUUCAUAUGGAAUUAGAUGUAUUUUAUGGGAACUUGGUCAAUUUUUCUUUGUAUUUUUUUUUAACAUGUAACUAUGUAUACACGUCGAGAUUGUCCUACACUUUUACCACUUGAAUUGAUCUUGCCAGCAAUAGAUCUCGUUUUCAAAAGCAAUUCUUCGGUGCUGUGUAGCUGGCAGAAAGUUCUGCCCCUGAAAUGCAGGGUGGAAUUUUCCUGGGGCAGCAGACGCAUUUUGAAGGUGUAGUUACCUUACCAACCUGGUUCAGGUGAAGCAAACAGCUAUCUGGCCAGACCCCGAGGGGCUGGAGAAGGGAAGGCUGUCGGGAGAUACCUCACGACAGUUGUUUUAGCCAACAAGAGAGAGAUGCCAAAAUAAGGAGCCAACGCCUCAAAUAUAAAGGGACCCGAAGCCCACAGAUGCGGCCCAACGGGAAAAGUCUGAU